GGGAGGAGGGGGGGGGUGGAAAAUGGAUCGACUCCCGCUGUGAGGGAUGAAAGAUCAUUUUUUCUUUUUAACCCUUUCUUGGACCGAGAUCUGCGAACAAUCGAGAGGAGAAGAUGAUGCGCCAGGUGACAAGCAGCGACUUCUGCAUGAACAGCCGGCCGUCGUGCCUGGCGGAGGACGGCCAUCACCCGGCCUCCCACUUUGACCUGUGCACCCAGGCCAACAAGUUCUACCCUCCCCCGCCGCCGUCCGCCCUCCAGAUGACGCUGGCGCCCAUGGCCUUGCCCGCCCAGGUCCACAAGCCCCUGGCGUGCCAGAGGCAGGAGGCGCUCGCGGGCUCGCCGGCGGGCAAGAUCCCCAAAGGCGGCGCCCAGGCGCCGGACGACGGCAAGAAGAAGAGCAAGGCCGCCGCCGGAGGGAAGUCGGGCCGACGCGGGAGGCCUCUGGGAACCACCAAGCUGGCCGGGUACAGGACCAGCACGGGGCGACCGCUCGGCACCACCAGGGCGGCGGGGUUCAAGACCAGCCCGGGACGGCCGCUGGGCACCACCAGGGCGGCGGGGUACAAGGUCAGCCCGGGGCGACCCCCCGGCAGCAUCAAGGGCCUGUCCCGCCUCAACAAACUGGCUUACGGCAGCUCCUGCAGCGGAGCGGCGUUCCCCUACCCGCUGCCACACAAGGAGAUCCUCUGUGAACCUUCCUGCAAAGAGAAGGCGGCCAACGAGUGAAGGCUCCGCCCCCCCAGACUCGCCUUCCAUCGGACCGGAUAAGAGACACGCAUGUGCACCGGUUUCC